AUGCGUGUCGCUAUCAUCGGAGGAGGCCCCUCAGGUCUUGUCCAGCUCAAAACUCUCAAGACCGCCCACGAAUACUUUCCCUCAGCCGAGCCCUUCGAGGUCAAGCUCUUCGAAUCCUAUGACAAACUAGGUGGCGUUUUCCUUCAUCAUGUCUAUGAAGACGCUGAACUUGUUUCAUCAAAGUUCCUCACCACGUUUUCCGACUUCCGACCCCGCCCUGAAGACAACGACUUUCUCUCCUCGGAGCGGUAUAGGGAAUACUUGGAGGAGUAUACAACGUAUUUCGAUCUUUGGCCUCAUAUCCAUCUGAGUACCCCCGUCACGGGUAUCAGAAGAGGAGAUACAAGUGAGCACGUCGUCAGUUACAAAGGCCCUGGUGGCGAGGAGACCGAGUGGGAGUGCGAUGCCAUCGCUGUAUGCUCAGGCGUGCACUCAAAAGCACACAUGCCAACUAUCCCUGGUAUUGAAAAUGUCCCUGAAGUGAUACAUUCAUCAGACUUCAAGAAGCGUGAGCAAUUUGGAACUGGAAAAACAGUCAUGGUUCUCGGCAGUGGUGAAACAGGCUGCGACAUGUGCCAUCUUGCCAUCACGUCCCCCACAAAGCAAGUUGUCUUUUGUCACCGUGAUGGUUGGAUCGGAGCUCCCAAGCGAGCACCCGGGCAGAGAUUCCUGCCGUGGCUUUUCGGAGACCAAGACUACGAGGAGCCACAGUUGCCUAUCGAUGUUAGCCAAGUUACGCUUUUUGAUUCAAUGUAUGUUCAUCCCAUGGUUCGCGAUACCAUGAUCGUUUGGGAUUACUAUCAUUUCCUGGCCUUGCCUGCUGGAUGUUGGAUUUGUGGUGGUUCACCACAUGGUGUCGAUCAGUGGGUCGGUCAGAUCUUUAGUGAUCGGUUCCACGCUUCGAGAUUGUUCUGGAACAAAGGCUGGCAACGUAUUCAGAACAACGUUUCCACACCCUGGCGUCCUACCAAGUGGCCAUUGGGGACUCGUAUUCGACAGUUCUUCUUCAACACAGCUAUUACUCCCGCUAAACGUACCAUUGACGUCGCUCCUUUCCCAUCACACUUUACAUCUGAUGGUGUAGCUCACUUCCCAGAUAAUGGUCGCCCAGAAGCAAAGCUUAUUCAACGAUCAGUUAUUAAACCUGACAUGGUAAUUUUAGCAACUGGUUACGUUCCACACUUUCCCUUUCUCAACACAAAAUACAACACCGGCCGUCGACCCUACCCCGUAUCUCACGAUGCGGAUGUCCGCCAGGUCUGGUCAUCUAACGACCCUACUGUUGGAUUUAUUGGCUUCGUUCGUCCUGGAUUUGGUGCCAUUCCUCCUUUGGCUGAGAUGCAGUCUAUGCUCUUCGCUACUCACCUCCUCAACCGAGUCCCACGACCUCUUCUCAAGGAUGAUGAGUGGCAUUACCGUGUAAUCCAUGCACCGAGUGCGCGAGUUACAUAUGGUGUUGAGCACGACAGUUACGCAUACCAGCUUGCCAAGGAUAUGGACAUGGCUCCCUCGUUCACAGAUAUCCUCCGUAUCGCUCUUUAUACCCCUCGUGGUUGGCGCCUUCCUUACAUCUGGGCUGGAGGAGCCAGUUUCACCGCCAAAUUCCGCCUUGUUGGACCUUGGAAGUCGGACAGAGCAGCUGAGACUCUUACGGGAGAACUGUGGGAGACUAUUUCUCGACGCAAUGGCCUUUUUGGUAACAUACCCAUGGUUGUUGUUCCCGUUCUCUACCUUGGUAGUGUUAAUUUGUACUAUUACGUGUACUCUUUAUUCUGGGGAUCUCUGGCCAAGCUUGGGCUUUGCAAGGCGCCUGUGCCAAGGAAUGACGUGAAGAGAAAGUUUGAAGAGCUGGCUCAGAGGGAACAGAUGAAAAUGGCACAGGAUGUCAAGAUGACGGCGGAUGUACGCGUGAUGGAAGUUUCAGAAGACAGCGAUUUCUAA